CUGUGUCCAGACUGGGCCGUCCCACUAGAAAUGUCUUCUGAGUGAACUGCUGAGCCAGUUUAGAUCUUCCUGGGGCCCCGCACACGGCUGACUUCUCUCCAAGUGUCCCUGCUCUGCAAAGCUAAAGUCUUUGAAGAUGAGGGUGUGGAUUGUCUUCCUCCUGUGCCUGGCCGGCCACGCCAUCGCUGCUCCCACUGAGGAGGAGACGGUUCUGGAGGAGCUGGUUACAGAGGAGCCAGUUGUUGAGGAGCCCGAGGUGGGAACCAACCCAGUGCAAGUGGAGGUUGGAGAGUUUGAUGAAGCCAUCGAGGUUGUCGAAGAUGUUGCCGCUGAGAAUCCUUGCGUGAACUACCACUGCAAGAAGGGCAAAGUAUGUGAGGUCGACGAGAGCAACACCCCCAUGUGCGUGUGCCAGGACCCCUCCACCUGCCCCCCUGCCGAAGGAGAGUUCGAGCAUGUCUGUGGCACUGACAACAAGACCUACGACUCCUCCUGCCACUUCUUUGCCACCAAGUGCACUCUGGAGGGAACCAAGAAGGGCCACAAGCUGCACCUUGACUACAUCGGACCCUGCAAAUACAUCGAGGCCUGCCUGGACAACGAGCUGAAGGAGUUCCCCCUCCGUAUGAGGGACUGGCUGAAGAACGUUCUGGUGACUCUGUACGAGCGCGACGAGGACAACAACCUGCUGACCGAGAAGCAGAAGCUCAGGGUGAAGAAGAUCUACGAGAACGAGAAGAGGCUGCAGGCUGGUGAUCACUCUCUGGACCUCCUGGCCCGCGACUUCGAGAAGAACUACAACAUGUUCAUCUUCCCCGUCCACUGGCAGUUCGGCCAGCUCGACCAGCACCCCGUCGAUGGAUACCUGACCCACUCAGAGCUCGCCCCCCUGCGCGCUCCCCUCAUUCCCAUGGAGCACUGCACCACCCGCUUCUUCGAGACGUGUGACUCCGACGGCGACAAAUACAUCGCCCUGGAGGAGUGGGCUUCCUGCUUCGGCAUCAAAGAGCAGGACGUGGACAAAGACCUCAUCAUCUAAGUUCCUCUAACGAGCAUCAACAGUUUAAGAGAAACUUGUAGUCGCUACUAACCGGAAAAGGUGCUGACGAUCCAUAAGUUAAUAAAAAAAAAAAGACAGUUAAGGUGCUAAUUGCAAGUUUUUCUUUUUUGUUACUUUCCUUUUUAUUAAUGACAUUUUCUAGCUAUACCACUAAAAAUCUUCCAAAACUAAAAAGUUCACAGUCUGUACUAACCAUCACAUGUUGGUGAACAUUUGAAUUCUUGCUUUUUUUUGUUUAGUUUUUUUUUUUUUUUUUUUUAAACAAAAACCCAUUAGACCUCAGAUGUAAAUUUGCAUUGACAAUAUUAUAUGGUGUCUGUUCCAUGAUGCGUUCAGGGCUUUUUUUUUAUUAUUUGGGACCAGUUGAGACCAGAAGAAUGAAACUGUAAAGUCAAAAAUAAAGUUUCUAAAUAAAUGCUUCCUACUGCUUGCUUCCUACUAAACCUACUGUUUAAUUUUUGCACUCUUUUGGUGGUGGGCUCCCUUAUUUUUACAUUAAUUUUGUCUUUUUUUAGCAGUUUGACUACUGGUAGCAAGGAUGUUAAUUUUUUUAUUAAUUUACAGAGAAAUCCAUGCCUUUGAAAGCGGUGCAUCUUUGUGCUUAUAUUUUUUAAAAAUUAAAAGGAAAUUAUUUGCUUGAAUGAGGGGGAAACCUCGCAGGCUGAGAGUUUUUCUCAACAUUUUUGUGACACAAAGAGCUCGGUUGAUCUCUUUUCAUGAAUAAAUGUCUAUAAAAACAA